GUAGUUAAGAAGAGAGCCAGUAAGUUUGGAAAGAGGUUUGACUGGAAGCUUUAAGGCUGCAGAAAGGAGGAAAAAAAAUCAGUGCGAGUGGAGGAAACAGCGUUCCAACGCGAGGAAGUGUGAAGCCGCACAGCGGAUCAUGGUACAGCAAAGUGAACACAGCGAGACGGAGAGCGGCGCGUCCCGUGAGGCCACAGACACGGAGGAGACCGAGAUGAGCGUCUGCAGCCCCGUGCCGCCAAAACCGGACUGGUGCCGGACGGCCACCGGCCACAUCAAACGGCCCAUGAACGCGUUCAUGGUGUGGUCCAAGAUCGAGCGGAGGAAGAUCAUGGAGCAGUCUCCGGACAUGCACAACGCCGAGAUCUCCAAAAGACUCGGCAAGCGCUGGAAAAUGCUGAAGGACAGUGAGAAGAUCCCGUUCAUCCGGGAAGCAGAGCGGCUGCGCCUGCAGCACAUGGCUGACUAUCCAGACUACAAGUACAGACCGAAGAAGAAACCAAAGCUGGACAACACUUCCAAACCGGGCGCGCUAUCGCCAGAGAAAAACGGCAACAAGGCUGUCAAAGCUGCCGCAAAGAAAUGCACAAAGAUGAAGCCCAGCAAGCCGGGGAGUGUCGGCGUCGGUGCGAGAGUCGCGCAAGACGUCCGGUGCAGCUACGCGUUCACAAACUUAAAAGUCAGCAAGUCAGUCAAGAGGGAACUUACGGACGACGAAGACGACGAUGAAGACGACGACGAUGAUGACGAUGAGGACGACUACGAUGACGAGUCUCCAACGCGCUUUAAAGCUGAGGACGACGAAGAGAGCCUGAGGCCGUACGGUGUGGCCAAAGUGCCGGCGAGUCCCACGCUGAGUUCAGCCGCGGAGUCGGAGGGCGCGAGCAUGUACGAGGAGUCGUCCGGUCGCGCAAAUGCAACAGCCGGCUCCAGACUUUUUUACAGCUUCAAGAACAUUACGAAGCAGCAACAGCCGCACCACGCAAGCCGACCCUCUGCGCUCUCGCCGGCUCCGUCUUUCCGCUCUGCGUCCCUCUCAUCGUCAUCGUGCGGCGAGGACGCGGACGACCUGCUGGUCGACUUCAGCUUAAACUUAGCGGCGGGCGGCGAGCCGACCAGCCACGCUUCAGGGAACUUGUGCCUCUCUCUGGUGGAUAAGGACUUGGACUCGUUCAGCGAGGGCAGCCUCAGCUCCCACUUCGAGUUCCCGGACUACUGCACUCCAGAGCUGAGCGAGAUGAUCGCAGGGGACUGGCUUGAGGCCAACUUCUCCGACUUGGUGUUCACCUACUAACAGGCCCAACUGUCCUCGGUCAGCGAGGUGACCGGCGCAUCUUCAGGUUCUUUCAGACUCGCCUCUUGGGUUUGUGCCCCUUCCGGGUGGCGCAAGGAGGAAAUGGAAGCGGACGCGCCACGACAAAGGUGACAUGGCAAGAAAAAAAAAGUAACGUUUGUCACCGCCACAGGGUUUUAUGGGUGUUUAAUUCGGUGUGAGGCCGCAGGUGGAGAGCAAAAUGUUAAAGAUGAACUAUGCAUUCACAUCCCACCUCGUGUGUCUACAUGGAGCUGAAACUGCGGCUGUUCCUCGGAAGGAGGCGAGUCUACACCACUUCAGGAUGUUCACUUUUCCAGAGGGUUUUAUGUGAUCUUUUUUUUUCUGUAUACCACAAAUUAGUUUUUUGUAACCCUCCAGCCAAUGGAGAUGCGGAGAUUAAACUGUUCUAGGACACAGGUAUGGCAGGAAGAGUUUUUGAUACAUAACCAACAUACCUCAUCUUUUAAAAAAAAAAAUGCGAAAAGUGAAAUAUUUUCUGGCAUAUUUUUGUACAGUUAAAGGGAAUGUUCUUACUGUGCUCUCAGUGAGGUUUCUUCAGGCACUUCUACCCGGUUUCAUUGAUUCAAGCAUGCAAGGGUUAAAUGACAUCAUCUUUGCAACUUAAAUGCCUUGGUAUGAUUUCACAUUCUAGGCUGUGUACAGGUGUAGAUCUGACCAUGCAUUUCUCUAGAGAUGUACAAUGGAAUUGGGGAACUCUAGGCCUCAUUGUUGGUACUAGAUUCAAGAUUGUAUAUGUUCUGUAAUAUAGUAAAAGCUAGGAGUUUAUGUAUAUCAGUGUGAAUGGGUCCCAAAUAGCAGGUGUGAAACUAAAAAAAAAAAAAAAUUGUUUUGCAUUUUUACCAUCUUAAUGGCAUUUUUAUUUUUCAUUAUUUUGUGCAAUAUACUCUUGAAAUGGACCAUCUGCGUUUUGUAGCAAAGGAAAAUGCGUUACAUGUCGUCAUGCUGAAGUCUGUAUCUUGACAAAUAAAUCAGCUGGAACUGA